UCCGUUUCACUUAAACGUGCGCUCGCUGUCUCCACCGACCAGUUGAUUGUCACCGGGAGCGGAGCUGAGCGGCUCGUCAAAACGCAGAUUUGGCGACGUUCGCCAGAUGCCAGCAGCGGCGCAGGAGCGGUCCACAGACGCGUCCUCGCGGGAUAGAACUCGAUAUUUAUAUAUACAUAGUUAUAUUGUGGGGAAUUAAGCUGCCAUGCUCCAGCGUAGACUCGCGCGCGUUAUAGACGUUAUACGAGGCGAAUAACGGACGUUGCCGGAUAGCGGCUCCGCGGUCGCGUGCGCCGGCAGGGCUCGCGCCAGAAACGCUCAGACCUCGAGCCGAGUUCGUUGAUGUGGCCGUUAAGUUGAUCUAAUCAAGCGGGGCGCUGGCUCGAAAGCCUCUGCCGAUGUCGGUCCAUUUACUAUUGUGCGCUUAGCUAGGCGGCUAACCGGGACGCGCCGCUGCCACUGGUGAACCGGCGUGCGCACGUUAGCGGAAGGAUGAUCGGAGGAAACGUUCGGCAGACGCUCAGCGAGGGCUCAGACUAAAUGUCCAAACCCCAUUCAGCAAUUGGUUCUAACGAUUAUCCCAAGCAGCCGCGCACCGGUGCGUGGGCUCAGACCUGCCGGGGCCCGCUACCUUCUGGAAACCUGCCCGCAACGCCGAGAAUGCGCCGGUGUCUUAAUUUGGGAAACAAAGAAUUGGGUUAUUGAAGAGGGUGGCCCUAAGCCGGUUAGAUAACUUAAGCUUGUUUUAGUAUUUUCAGGUGCGCUAGCUAGCCGGUAGACGGAUUAGCCACCCAGUCUGGACUGCGCCGCGCGCACGAUUCCGCCCGUCGCUCCGUCGCAAUCGUCCACGCUUUUUGUCGCGUGCGCCGCACCAAGAUGAGCAGUCACGCCGGCGGCGCGGGGCCGGUGGCGGUGGAGCCCAUGCCGGGAUACUGGGAGCUCAUGACCAGAGCCUCUUCUGCCAUGCUGGACGCGUGGAGAGGCUGCACCGACUGCGGGCUGGAGCUCUCCAAGCGGACCCUCCGCGAGAACGCGUUCAUCACCUGGAGCGAAGCCGCGCUCUUCUUCUUCUGCGCCUUUUUGUGGACGCAGGUCAGACGGGGACUGACGCAAAGUGUGUUUAUGCCUCUGUCUCGCUGGUGCAGGCUGAUGCCCAAAGAUGCUGCCAAGAUGCCAGAGAGCGCGUGGAAGCUGGUCUUCUACACCAUGUCCUGGUCCUACAGCACCUACCUGCUCUUCUUUAGCUCCUACUCCUUCUUCCAUGACCCGCCUUCUGUCUUUUACAACUGGGAGAGAGGUCUGCCAGUGCCUGCGGACAUCGCCAUCGCCUACCUGAUCCAGGGCAGCUUCUACGGCCACUCCAUCUACGCCACCGUCUACAUGGACGCGUGGAGGAAGGACUCUGCUGUCAUGGUGGUGCACCACAUCAUCACGCUGGCACUCAUCAGCUUCUCCUACGCCUUCAGAUAUCACAACGUGGGCAUCCUGGUGUUGUUCCUUCACGACAUCAAUGACAUCCAGCUGGAGUUCACCAAGGUCAACGUCUACCUGAAGUCCAGAGGGGGAAGCUAUCACCUGCUCAAUGAUGUCCUGUCCAACAUGGUCUCCAUCAGCUUCAGUAUUACCUGGUUCUGGUUCCGCCUCUACUGGUUUCCUCUCAAAGUGCUGUAUGCCACAUGCGUGUCCAGCAUCCAGUCUGUGCCCAACAUUCCGUUCUACUUCUUUUUCAACACGCUCCUCUUUGCGCUGCUGCUCAUGAACAUCUACUGGUUCUUGUUCAUCGUGGUUUUCGUCGUGAAGGUGCUGAAGAUGAAGGAGGUGAAUGAUGUCAGGGAGUACGAGGACGAAGAGGUGGACAAGGCGGCGGCUGGUCUGCUCCGCGACUCUCAGGCAGAAACCGAUGAUGCUGGGAAUCACAGCUCUGCACAGGGGAACCACGUGCAGAACGGGGUCACCAAGGAGAAGCAUCUAUGACAAGCUCGCCAUCGCCACCACUUGGAGCGGGGCUGCAAGUACAAGCGCGAUCAGACACCUUGAAGGGAAGAGUGUCAGGAAAGAAAAGAGAUGGCGUUAGGCUGCAGCCAGGUUUUAUUUUUAUAUUUAUCGUAGUCUGUCGUUUUGUUUUAUUAGAACAUUGUGAAUGUGAUUACAGGCGGCAUUUUGUGUUUUUGUUGCUAGCUCUUUAUUGCAUAGAUUCACGAAGCGACACCAGUUGGACUGAGAGUUGGAUCAGGAGGAAACAGUUAUGUGUCCUCCUGGUGAUGCUUUACUACCGCCCGGUGCGUUCGUGUGUGUGUGUGUGUGUGUGUGUGUGUGUGUGUGUGUGUGUGUGUGUGUGUGUCUGCUAGACGUUUCAGGACGUAGACAGUAGCUGAGCCUUUACAGUCCUUUCGUUCACAACAUUUCACCUCUCGACUCGUCUCACUCUGAUCGACGGUCAUGGCGUUUUUUCCACGUGGCGUUCCUGUACGAAAGGAGCUAUUUUGUAUUGUUUUUCCUCCAAGCAUCUGUUUCUGCACUGACAUGACGGCGCUCAAGCUGGUUGUAGUAAUCACAUCAAAUGACUAGAGUUGAAUUGAGCAGGUUUCAGUGUCAUCGCGAUUUAAUUUGUUUUAACAUAUGUAUUUGAUUAUUUAGAAGCCGCUGACAGGCAGCGGUGGCUUCUGGGGUUCAAGAAAAGGUAGAACAAUAGUCCAGAACUGUGAGGAGGCAAACGAGCUGAUUGUGGCAUGCAUGACACUGGAAUGGCUUUGGAAUGAUGCUAUGAAAUCAUCUACGAAAAAUCCCCCUAGCUAUUGUUGUAGGUACAACUUCUUUGCUAAUGCUUUAACUUUGAAAAGGAUCUUUAGAAGCCGCAGCAGCUACACGACGUCCGUGCACUCAUAAACCAGAGUCCUGGACGGUUCCGUGGGUUCUGCUGCUUUGCUGCAGCUGUGUGUAGUGAAUCCUCCUGACCAGACGUUAACGUUCCUACAGUCUCGAUCGUAUUCAAGCUCUUGAUUUCGAUGAACAGCUUGUGCUGCUCGAACAGGCUGCAGAUGUCGUCUGUCUGCAGGCGACGGUUCCGCUUUUGUUUGUCUUCCACAACCUUCCACGACUCAGUGGAGCUGAAACUCACCAAAAUGUCACUUUAUUUUAUUUUUCAUUACCACAUUCACUUCAGCAAUUGUUGCUGAUGCUGUAACUGAGGCUCUAGUUUACUUUAUUUAGAAACUGCUGCUGUUUUGUUUUGUUUUUUUUUAUUAGAGCACUGUAUCACAGAUGUGUUGUGUUUCUGCUGUAUGAAUCGCUGAGGUCUGAUCACAUUAGAUUUCCACAGGGACCAAUGCUCACCUACGCUGCGAGCAUCGAGCUUCAGACUUAGGACUAAAUGCAGGCGUGCAGUAGCCCCACAUGUGUAAUGUACGUUUCCUGUUGCUGUGUUGGAUGUCAGACGUCAGGGCCCGUCAUGACUGCUUCCACUCUCACUGAGUUCUGGCAGGAGGGGACCCACUUGAGGUUCUGGCAGCUCAACUGUGACUCGAGUUUCCGUAGUUGCUGGUAUUCUUGUGGCUUCAUGACAAACCAACAAACGAGCCCCUCGCUGGACUGGACUGGACGUGACGGUGCAAAGCUGCACGUUCGGUUCAGACACGUGGCUCUCGCCCGCUGCUUUGUGUGAACGGACGGCUGAGCUACUACUCAUGUUGAGUGACAUGGCAGAACAUACGGCAAACAAUAUCAAUUUGCACAUAUACACAGCGAUGUUAUUGUUUGGAAAUGCUCUGCAGGUUUGGCCUUUUGUGGACAAUCAAUGAUCUUGAUAUGACUCUCUUGCAUCUAAGGACUAAGUACUGUAUGUACUUUGCUAGAUCGACUGUCUUAUUGCAAACCUUUCAUUUCUUUUCGAUGGCAUUUUGUGAAGAAUGUCCCUGAAUUCCUACAGUGUCACUGUGUGCACGACAGAGCUCAGAUGUGUCCUGAUUGAAGCUACAGCUUGGGGAAGUCAUGAUUUGCUCUUGAUUUCAUUUUCUUAGACAAUUUUCUACGAGUGGCACAUGAAGGUAUUGUUUGGCACAUGUAAUACAUAACUAGUAUUAUUAUGAAAUAACAUGGACAAAGAGAAUUUCCGAUUUGAGACUGGCAGUUGAGCCAGCGUUUAAACAACUAGCAUGUGGAGCUCAGUUCAGUCCAACAACCACCCUGUGACGUGCGUUGAUGUUUAACGCCUUUAACUUCCAAACCGAGCUGCACUCGGUUUGUGUUGCUAUGAGAACAGUAUGAUCCUAACAUCCCUCCACCUCUUCAGACCCCAGAUCAGCACAGGAAAUGCGACAGUGACGGCAAAAACCUGGCGCUGCGUUUGCCGACUGAGCACCAAGUCAGCAGCACUGACACGGCUCUCGCUGCGAAGCCUGUGGGACGUGCUGCUGUUCAGGGGUGGACGUGAUCUGGACUGAACUGGCUCACAGGCUUCGCUCCAUUAGAACACAAACCAUCUCCAUUAAUGUUUCGAUUGUGCCAAGAGCCAGUGAGAGCAGCAGCCCUGGAGGUACUUCCUAUAAAUUGCACUGUAAUUUAUUAGCAUUAUUUUUAUUGUUAGCUGAACAAAAUUUAAAAAUUUGUAUUACUUUCUGGAAAGAAUAUUUAAAUGUUUUAAUGAUACAUGUGUACUAUACAAAUGGCCCCAUUUUUUCCAAACUCUGUAAAACCUGGAUGAAGACUGCUCUUUUGUAACUUUACUACCAUUCAGUCAAUGCUAUUGAUUUAAUUUUUUCCCAUAAAAUAAAAAGUCAGUAAACUAGA